GUUCAAGACUUUUCUCACUGCAAUGAAUGAUCAUGCCCCUGUCUCUAUUAUAACUGAUCAGGACAAAGCCAUACAAUCAGCCGUUUCUCAGGUAUUUCCUGAGGCCCGCCACUGUAUUAACAAGUGGCAUGUAUUAAGAGAAGGCCAGGAACGGUUGGCUCAUGUAUGUCAUGCACAUCCUAAUUUUCAGGUGGAGCUCUAUAACUGUAUCAACAUGACUGAGACAAUUGAGGAAUUUGAACUAGCUUGGGAUUCUAUCCUAGAAAAAUAUGAUCUCAGGAGGAAUGAUUGGCUUCAGUCAUUAUACAAUGCACGCGGACAAUGGGUCCCAGUGUAUUUUCGGGAUUCUUUCUUUGGUGCAAUUUCUCCAAAUCAACGAAAUGAGAGCUCUUUUUUUGAUGGUUAUGUAAAUCAACAGACUACCUUACCGAUGUUCUUUAGGCAGUAUGAAAGAGCUUUAGAAAAUUCGAUUGAAAAGGAAAUAGAAGCAGAUUUUGAUACACUUUGCACCACACCAGUAUUGAGGACACCAUCACCAAUGGAAAAGCAGGCAGCGAACCUAUACACAAAGAAAAUUUUUUCAAAAUUUCAGGAAGAGUUGGUUGAGACAUUCGUGUAUACAGCAAACAGAAUUGAUGGUGAUGGGGCAAUUAGCACAUACAGAGUUGCAAAGUUUGAGGAUGAUAGAAAAGCCUACAUCGUGUCUCUAAACAUUCAGGAUAUGAGAGCAAAUUGUAGCUGCCAGAUGUUUGAGUACUCGGGCAUCCUCUGCAGACAUAUUUUGACAGUUUUUACCGUGACAAAUGUACUUACUCUGCCAUCUCAUUACAUCGUGAAGCGGUGGACAAGGAAUGCAAAAAGUGGGGUUGGACUAGAUGAACAUGGUGAACUACAUGGCCAAGAGGUGCUGACCGUGCGGUACAACAAUCUAUGUCGGGAAGCCAUCAGAUAUGCUGAGGAAGGGGCUGUAGCUCCAGAGACAUACAAUGUGGCAAUGGUUGCUCUUAGAGAAGGGGGCAAGAAGGUGGCUGUUGUGAAGAAAAAUGUUGCAAAAGUUGCACCCCCCAGCUCACAGGUUAGUGGGGUUGGUUACGAAGAUCGGAGGACCUCUACUUCAGUGCCAGAUAUGACCCCUCCUCUGUUGUGGCCACGACAAGAUGAAAUGACCCGACGUUUUAAUCUCAAUGAUGCUGGCGUCCCUGCACAACCUGUUGCAGAUUUGAAUCUUCCACGCAUGGCCCCCGUGUCUCUUCACCGUGAUGAUGGCCACCCUGAUAACAUGGUGAUUCUUCCUUGUCUCAAGUCAAUGACCUGGGUGAUGGAGAACAAGAAUUCGACACCUGCCAACCGAGUAGCUGUAAUCAACUUGAAGUUACAAGAUUAUAGCAGGACACCAUCGGGAGAAUCUGAGGUUAAGUUUCAGCUGUCAAGGGUCACAUUAGAGCCCAUGUUGAGGUCAAUGGCCUACAUCAGUGAGCAGCUUUCUACCCCAGCCAAUAAGGUUGCUGUUAUCAAUCUAAAGCUCCAAGAUACGGAAACAACUUCAGGGGAAUCAGAGGUGAAAUUUCAGGUGUCAAGGGAUACGUUAGGGGCCAUGUUGAGGUCAAUGGCUUAUAUUCGUGAGCAGCUCUCUAAUGGGGCUGAGUCUCUAUCAGAAACCCCGUCAAAAAAGCAACGGAAGUAGAUGCAAUGUUCUUUCUGUUUUAUUAGCAGGUGUGUGAUUCUCUCACCUUCGUGGAUGGUAUUGGUUAUCUCAUCAAAACUGUGCCACCACUUUCGAGUUUGGGAUGGUUUGGGUUGUUCCUCUUUAGAGUAGGGUAGCUUCUGUUGCAUUUCCAUGUAAGCUUGCUCUUCUGCAUAUUUAUACAUGUAAAGUUACCAAGCCAGAAUUCUGUUCUCGGGUGUGAUAUGGUUUUCACUGUACAAUGCCUCAGAGUAGAUGAGGCUGUUGUGUAUGCGUUUUCUAGGUUCUCUUUCUUUCCACAUGAUAAAAUCAACAAAAUACAUGAUGAUUUCUCUCAGAGACAAGCUGCUCUAAUUAUUUAGCCUUUUCAUCAUCUCUAACCAUCGGAAGAAGAAGUAUUGAUGCUCACCACAGCAUCAUCCUUGAGUUUUUUGGAAUGCACAGGAAUUAUGGAUGGCAAAAAAAUUUCCAUUGCCUACAUCAGUAUGAGUUUGCUGCUCUUUUUUUCUCUUUUUUUUUUUUU